GGUGGGCCCGCCUCUUCCAGUAUGAGUGAUAUGCUCUACAAAAAACCCCUCAUGAUACUCUUGGACUAGACUAGAUCAGAAUACUAUAACAGGUAAACUUUUCCCAUCCUACCUUCCUAAGGACAAACCCCAAAGGCCCGCCCAAAAUGUCCACUGCCUACUCCCAGGCCCGAAUGCAGCACCAGUUCUUCGCCAACCCCCGCAAACCUUUAAAAUCCCCAGAUCGUCCCAUCGCCCUCCGACAAGGCUCUAUCACCAAUUCAAAGACCACCCUCGUGCUCACCCCUACCCAAGGCGACGCCCACUCCGUGGCAGCAUACAAAGUUAAGAGUCCGGACGAUGGGCAAACCCUCUUCACUGCAAGUGGAUGGAAAUACAACGACGGUGCCUGUCGUGAGUUUCGAGAUGCCUCGGGCUUGCCUCUCUUCGAGCUUCAUCGGAAGAUCUCCUUGAAGAGCACUUGGUACAUUACUCUGCCCGGGGAAGCUCAAGGCGGAGGAGUCACUACACUAGCGACGGGCAGCCCGCGAUUCGCGCCGGCGUUUGGGAAUUUUAGCCUUAAGCUAAAAAAUGCCGCGGCAACAGAUGCGAAGGAUGAAGCGGAAAAGGAGGUCACUUUGAUUGUCGAGCGGCAUGGGCGUGUUUUGCAGAGUUUCGAUGUGAUUGAUGGCGAUAGAAGGGUUGCGGAGGUGUGUGAGAGUGUUCGGCACAAUGACAAACUGGCGCUAACCGCUGGUGCUCGGAGGGGACAUCGGCCUGCCUUGGAUAUUGUGAUUACUUCGGGGGUGGAUAUGGCUUUGAUUGUAGCGAUUGCUAUCAUCGCCUCUGAUAGCGUGUUUGGGUCUGGUUCUGGUUGAACUCUGUAUACUAGUUGCUCUAUGUAGAUUUUUCACAAUGCAGUAUAUAGUAGGCC